AUGCCACAACCAAGUCAAUUAGUUAUUGCAUCAACAUAUAUUGAAUUACUUUUAAAUCAUUUUUCAUUAGUUUUUCUUAUUUUGGGUACUAUUGGUUUUCUUGGUAAUUGUCUUAUAUUUCUUCAUCCAAAAGUUCGUACAAAUACUUGUUCAAUCUAUUUAUUAUGUAGUACAAUUAGUGAUGAAUUAGAUCUUGUUCUUAAUCUUUUACCAAAUUAUCUUAGUAUGUGUUACACUUAUGCACUUAUUUUUCGAAAUAUUAAGCGUAAUCGACAACGAGUAAAUAUAACAAGAUCUAUUCGAACAAAUCGUCAUGGUAUUCGUGCAGUUGUUGUACAAGUUUUAAUUACUAAUUUUCUCUCAAUUCAAUGGAUAAUUCUUUAUUCUUUCGUGAUUACUAGUUUACAAAAUACGAUUAAUAUAUCUUUAGAACAAUUUAUCAUUAUUACCUUUAUAUUUCGUUUAGGUUAUCAAAUUUUCUUUAUUAAUAGUGUUAAAUCGUUUUAUAUUGUUAAAACAAAGUCAUCAGAAUAUAAUUUUAUUAGAUAUUUAACAACAAUUCAAACAAAUCUUUAUAAAAUUGGUGGACCUAUUCUUAUUAUUUUUGGUAUACUUAGUUCUAUAUUAAGUUUAAUUAUCUUUAUGAAAAAGAAUCUACGUAAAGAUCCUUGUUCAAUCUAUUUUAUUGCAUAUAAUAUUGCUAGUUUAAUUAUGAUAUAUACUGUCAUAUUACUAAAUACAUUAAUCUAUGGUUAUAAUAUUGAUCCAAGUUCUUAUGAUAUUCAUUUUUGUCGUUUUCGUCUUUAUAAUCUGCUUUUAUUAGAUGUUUUAGGUCCAUCUUAUUUAAUCUUAGCUUCAAUUGAUCGAAUAUUAAUAACUUCGAUGAAUGUUCAUAUAAGACAGUGCAGUACUAUUCGUUUGGCUUAUUUAACUAUUUUCUUGACAACAAUCUUUUGGUUAUUGUCAACAAGUCAUACAUGGAUAUUUUCUAGUAUUACAAUGAUUAGUCCUUAUAUAAAUGUUUGUUAUUUUCAAAUGGAUAAUUAUUACGUAUUUAUAAGUUAUUAUUCAUCUAUAGUCAAAGGUAUACUAUGUGCUUCAUUAAUGAUGAUAUUUGGAUUAUGGUCAAUUAGAAAUGUUCGAAAAAGUUCACAUAUUUAUCAAAUGAAUGCUGUUCUAUCUAGACAAUCAAAAGAUCGUCAAUUACUACGAAUUCUUCUAAAUGAUAUUAUUAUUUAUUUUGUUUUUAAUUCAAUGUUAUCAAUUGUUUUGAUUUAUGAACAAAUUGUGAAAUCUUCGUCAGAAAGUAUUAGUUUUAAUCAACUUCGUGUGUUUUAUCUUAUUGUUGGUAGUUUUAUUUGUUACAUUCCAUAUUGUAUAGGAUUCUAUAAUAAUUUAUUUGUGUCAAAAAAAUUUCGAAAUUUAGUGAAAAAAACUUUUUUUAAAUAA